CCAAAAUCAUUAAAAAUAUUGCAAAAGACUCCCCAAAAAACAUAAAAAUGUCCACAACAGAAGUGAUUGUGAAACAAAACAACUGUUUUGUCUGUGGAACUGAUUUAAAGCCAAACUCUAGAUCAAUUAUGGAUUCAACGAAUUUCUCACAAAAACCAAUUUAUAAAUUCAUAGAAUCCUUCGUCGGACUCAAACUUGACCUCCCACCAACAACAAAAGCUGCUCUCUGUGACGAGUGUCUAAACCAGCUCCAAGAAUACGAAAAGAUCUGCCGACGUGCUGCAAAAAUCCAAGAAUUAAUCUCAGAAAAUUUCAAACAAACUCAAAAGAGCUUCAAAGAAACGGAAGUGUUUACAGCCUGUGGCAAGUGCUUUACACGAUUUGAUUCCAAUGAAGACAUUGACAACCACGAGUGCAUCAUUGAUGAGAAUGAGGUUGAUGAAGUUGUCAGUUAUAUUGAGUACAUUGGUGAUGAUGAGGAUGAGGAAGAUGAUGGAAAGUUUAGCGAGGAAAAUGAGCAAAGAGAGAAACGGAAGCGAACGGAAAUCUUGUCCUACACAUGCAGCACAUGCAACAAAGCAUUUGAAAAGAAGCGCGACUAUUCACAGCACAUAAAACUUGCGCAUCUUCCAGAUGGAGCUAAAGUCUUUGCUUGUGAAAUUUGUGAUGACAUUAACGACAAUAUUUUUCCAACGGAACUAGAACUGAAGUUCCACAACGUUAUUAAACAUCCAACAGAUAAAAAUUCAGCACUUCAAUGUCCUGGAUGUCCGAAAACAUUCUCAAACAAGUCACUGUUGACUCGACAUUUUGGGCUUCAUUUACAAGACAAGCCACUGGUCUGUGAAUUGUGUGGAAAGCGAUACUUCCAUUCAAGUUCAUUCCAUAUGCACAUGGUUGCCCAUAAAGGUGUUAAGCAGCAUACAUGUAAGGAAUGUGGAAGGUCGUUCCUGUCAACAUCUCAUUUGAAUCGACAUUUGAAGACUCACAGUGGAGUUAAGAACUAUGAAUGUCAUGAAUGUGGAUCAAGAUUUGCUCAACGGUACAAUUUAAAGGCUCAUAUGAAUAUACAUUAUGGAAUAUCGAGGAAGAGGAAGUCAAAGGGACCUGGUGAUAUGCAGUAUGAGCAGAUUAAUGAAUGAGGUGGAGUUUUUGAGGAGCAGAACGAGUUGGAAUGUUGGGAAUUUUGAAACUGAAGCUGAGCUGAAACGCUAAAAUUUAAAGCUGGGCUGUAGAGCUGAACUUUUUGGCUUGGCUUUACAGCUGAGCUCUUUGACCGAGAUACAAAGCUUUAAGGCUGAGCUACAAAGCUGAACUUAAAGGCUGAGCUGUAAAGCUGAACUUUAAAGCUGAGCUACAAAGCAGAACUUAAAGGCUGAGCUGUAAAGCUGAACUAUAAGGCUGAACUACAAAGCUGAACUUUAAGGCUGAGCUGUAAAGCUGAACCACAGGCUGAGUUAUAAAGCUGAAUUUUAAGGCUGAGCUGUAAAGUUGAAUAUUAAGGCUAAGCUACAACGCUGAACAUUAAGGCUGAGCUGCAAAGCUGAAUUUCAAGGCUGAGUUGCAAAGCCGAACAUUAAGGCUGAGCUUCAAAAUUAAUUUUCAACUCUUUCAAAAUUGCUCCGAAAAAUUGAUUAGAACAAAAAUAAGAAACUAAUUUAAUUUAAAUUAAGAUUAAAACUUAAAUAAAUGUUGAAAAUUUCU